CAUUUUCCGCGGGAGAUCCGAAUUUCGCGGCACGCAGUUUGGCGCUAAAAAAAAAAGGAGAAAAAAAAAGAGGCACAGAAAGGCUCGGGGACUAGAGAGCCAGGCGCGAAGGAGUCGGUGCAACCGCGCCCCCCCCCCCUCGCCGGUCCGAGCGCAUCGCCUCUCCGCCUAGCCCCCGGCGACCCCGGAGACCCCUCCCGCGAGCUAGCCGGACCCCAAGCGCCGAGGCCUUUCUGGGGCGCGGGGCCGUCCGGGUCGCCGCCGCCCUCGGGGCGGCACAGCCCCUGGCCGUGUCGCCGCCGCCGCCGCCGCGGGGCGAUCUCUAAGCGGGGAUCUCCAAGCGCUGCUCGGCUCGGCCGCGGGCCAGGAGGGGAGGGUCCGGCCUUGCCCCACAGGCGUCCAUUGGCGGCUUCCCCCGGCCUCCGCGCCAUGCCUCCGGCCGAGUGAGCCUCCCCGGGCUCCGGAGCCCGCAGGUGCCUGAGGGCGCGCCAGGCCCGGUUGGGGAGGGGGCGCUGUGCUCGCCAUGCUGCGAGGGCCCCGGGCCCUGGCUCCAGCCGCCGGGCCGCCCUCGAAGGGACUGCCCGCGAUGAGCCCUACAGAGCUGUGGCCGCCCGGUCUCAGCAGCCCCCAGCUCUGCCCGGCCACCACCACCUACUACACCUCGCUGUACCCGCAGACUGUGCCUCCCACUGCGGCGCCCGGCACCUGCCUCGACGCCACCCCCCACGGACCGGAGGGCCAAGCUGUGCGAUGCGUGCCGGCUGGCCGGCUGCCGGCCAAAAGGAAGCUGGACCUGGAGGGGAUCGGGAAGCCAGCAGUCCCUGAAUUCCGGACCCCCAAGGGGAAGUGCAUUAGACUGGACGGCCUCCCCAGCCCCAAAACCCCCAAGUCCCCUGGAGAGAAGACUCGGUAUGACACGUCGCUGGGGCUCCUCACCAAGAAGUUCAUUUACCUCUUGAGCGAGUCCAAGGAUGGCGUCCUGGACCUGAACUGGGCGGCUGAGGUGCUGGACGUGCAGAAGCGGCGCAUCUAUGACAUCACCAACGUGCUGGAGGGCAUCCAGCUCAUCCGUAAGAAGGCCAAGAACAACAUCCAGUGGGUAGGCAGGGGAAUGUUUGAAGACCCGACCCGACCUGGGAAGCGGCAGCAGCUGGGGCAGGAGCUGAAGGAGCUGAUGAGCACGGAGCAGGCCUUGGACCAGCUCAUCCAGACCUGCUCUCUGAACUUCCAGCACCUGACCGAGGACAAGGCCAACAAGAGACUGGCCUAUGUGACUUACCAGGACAUCCGUGCUGUUGGAAGCUUCAAGGAGCAGACAGUGAUCGUUGUCAAGGCCCCUCCUCAGACAAGACUGGAAGUGCCCGACAGGAGCGAGGAGAACCUGCAGAUAUAUCUGAAGAGCACGCAGGGACCCAUCGAAGUCUACCUGUGCCCAGAGGAGGUGCAGGAGCCGGACAGUCCGACCAAGGAGCCCUUCCCCUCCCCCUCCCCCCUCGGCCCCAUCCCUGACUCCACCCAGCCCAGCAGCAGCACUGACCCUGGGAUGACAGAACCCAUGGCCUCUCCAGGACCAGCGCUGACUCCCCAGCAGGCCCUGCAGCUGCCAGCGCCUCCGCCACCACCACUGCCACUUGUGCCCCUGGAGGCCACCGACAGCAUGUUGGAGCUGCCACACCCACUUCUGCAGCAGACCGAGGACCAGUUCCUGUCCCCCACCCUGCCGUGCAGCUCCCCCCUGAUCAGCUUCUCCCCGCCUUUGGACCAGGACGACUACCUGUGGGGCCUGGACGGGGGCGAGGGCAUCAGCGACCUCUUCGACUCCUAUGACCUCGGGGACCUGCUGAUUAACUGAGUGGCCCUGCCUGCCCCCGGCAGCCCGCCCCUGUCUCUACCUCCUCACAGACUGGCGGGCCCUCUGCCCGCACAGGGACGUGGGACACAAGGUGCCGUCCUCAGGGUACGGGGGUCUCCUUUUCUCCUUUCUUACCCCCAGCCGGCCGAAGCUGUCUCGGGGGGCCAUGUAGGGGAUUCGGGUGAGGAGCGUAUCAGAGGUUGGGUCCCCUCCUUCCUAAUGGAAGCUGAGCCCGGAAGGCCCAUCCGGCUUCUGACCUCUGACCUCUCAUGCGAAGAGCCACAGGUGAGGCAACCAGGUCCAGGGAAAGGGCCCCGGCCCCCCCCCCCUUUUGAGGGGGAAUUAGGACCCUGAAUUUAUCAAGAAGCACUUAAUGCCUUUGUAUUUAUUUCAGGUUGAGUUUUGUUUGUUUGUCUUCCCUGAGUUUUUAGCAGGGAGAUCAUUCCAGUUUCUAGUAAGACUUCUCAAGACAGGCCCGGAGCUGUCCACCGUCCAAGGGCAAGCCAGGGCUUCCAGAGCCCCAGGCCAACUCCCCAGUUUCCCCACAUCAGUGGGCUGGGUCUCUGGGGGGCCGUCCCGUCUGCUAGAACGCUACUUGCACUUAGGGCUCGUGAUUCUAGUACGUGGUGGCGUGGCAUCUCCAGCUGAGGCGCCAGCCUUGGAUUCCUGGUCUCCUCUGUCCCAGAGAUGGCGGCAGGGAGCCACCCCAGGGUAGGCGGCAUCGAGGCUCCAGUUCUGGAAACCUACUUCCUAUGGAAUCCCCUACCUCUCCCUCGGGACGUGAAAAUCAACCUUGCAGGGAGUCGGCACAGAGGAGCUCCUGGGGAAACACGGACAGGGACGUGGAAGGCGCCGAGGGCACCCUUCCUCUAUUUCUGCCUCUCGCUUGGGACAGGUGCUGUCUUGCAGUGAGGACCUGGGAGGGAGUGGCAGCCCCCCCAAAGAGACAGGUGGGAUGAAAACAAGAAAAUGCCAGAAAGCACCCCCUCUGGUAGCUGCUGGUAUAGUCUCCCCCUUCCCUGGAAGGAUUUUUUUGUUUCUUGGAGGCAGUCAUUCUCUAAGGACCUCCUCUCCCCACCAGCUCUCACACAGAAAGACCUCCCUCUCUCCACCACGCCCCCCCCCCCCC